CUCAUCCAAUAAGUUCAAAGACACAUUAACAUUUAACAAUCCAAAACACAAAGCUCCAAAAGAAACACAAAAAGUAAAAACAAAAGAAUGGCUUCAACUUCAACACUUCACAUGAAAACAAUCUUCCUCGUACUCAUCUUUGUCACUUUUACAAUCUCUCCGGCGACUUCAACGGCACCUGAAGAUUGCGCAAGCGAAUCAGCGAAUCCGUGCGUCAACAAAGCUAAAGCUUUGCCUCUCAAAAUCAUUGCAAUCGCCACAAUCCUAGUCGCAAGCAUGAUUGGUGUUGGAGCUCCUCUCUUUAGCCGUUCCGUGCCGUUCCUUCAACCCGACGGGAACAUUUUCACUAUUGUUAAGUGUUUCGCCUCGGGGAUUAUCCUCGGAACUGGUUUUAUGCACGUCUUGCCUGAUUCUUUCGAGAUGUUGUCAUCACAAUGUCUAGCUGAGAAACCGUGGCACAAAUUUCCAUUCUCCGGGUUUCUCGCUAUGUUGGCUGCUCUAGUCACUCUAGUCAUAGAUUCCAUGGCUACGAGCCUGUAUACUAGCAAGAACGCCGUUGGGAUCGUACCCCAUGGUCAUGGUCACGGCCCCGCAACCGUAAAUGAUGUUACCUUACCAACAAAAGAUGAUGAUUCCGCGAAUGCACAGCUCUUGCGAUAUCGAGUCAUUGCUAUGGUACUGGAACUUGGAAUCAUAGUUCACUCUGUGGUCAUUGGACUAUCUCUAGGAGCAACAAGUGACACUUGCACCAUUAAAGGACUCAUCGCAGCUCUUUGCUUCCAUCAAAUGUUCGAAGGCAUGGGUCUUGGUGGUUGCAUCCUCCAGGCUGAGUAUACGAACAUGAAAAAGUUUGUUAUGGCCUUCUUCUUCGCGGUAACAACGCCAUUUGGAAUAGCGUUAGGGAUCGCUCUUUCGACCGUUUACAGAGACAACAGUCCCACUGCAUUGGUCACCGUUGGAUUACUCAACGCAUGCUCCGCGGGAUUGCUCAUCUACAUGGCGCUUGUGGACCUUUUAGCGGCCGAGUUCAUGGGACCAAAGCUUCAAGGAAGCAUCAAAAUGCAACUCAAGUGUUUCGUUGCGGCUCUUCUCGGGUGCGGUGGAAUGUCUAUCAUCGCCAAGUGGGCUUGACUAAUCCCCCCGGAUACGACUGCGGCAUUAAGAGCAUGUGGAUUUCGUUUUCGAACUAAAAACCGUUUUAGGUUCAAGUCUCAAUUCUCUACCGGUUUCUUUUGCUUCCUUACAAAAUACUUACGUUGUACUAUCUAUCACAUUUUUAAGUAACAUGUCUUCUGGUAGAUAUGUAACAAUGUGAUUGGUCUCACGAGUCAUAGUUUUUCUUUUUAUUGUGUUGGGGCUAUAUAAUUCUUGUUGUGUAAUGUUCUAUGUAAUGUUCUAUCGCAUACCAUAUAAAUAAACCAAACUUUUUUGUUUCUUUUUCAA